GUUCUAGUUUCAACUCAUUACAAUAUUUUAAUAUAAAUUUAACUUGCAAAAUAUCAAUUAUGGUAAAAAAACAUUAUGUUUCCGGAUAUGACCAAUUCCUUAAUGCAAUGAAAGGUUUUGAGCCAAAAGAACAUGUGAUUAAUAUACUUUUCACCGGUGCUAAAACAAAUAGCAAUGUCAGUUGGUGUAGUGAUUGUGUAGAAGCUGCACCUUUUAUAGAGCAGGCACUGGAACAUGCUCCAGAAAACUCGCAUUUUAUCUAUUGUGAUGUAGGAGAUAGAUCAACAUGGAAAGACAUGCAAAAUCCAUUUCGUAAGGAUACUUCUACACAUCUGAGUGUAAUUCCAACUUUGAUUCGAUGGAAGUCACCACAGCGACUAGAAGGCGAGCAAUGCACAAAGAGUGAUUUACUGGAGAUGUUUUUCAUAGACGAUAAUUAGUUCCAAAAGCCAGAAAAAAUGUUAAAAACUGUUUAGAUUUGUCAAUAAGAACAAGCACACUCGACCCUCGACCGUGGUGCACUCGAUACUCCUCCAUCAGGCAGGCUGUGAACAGAGAUGCAACAUAUAACUCAACGGGAUAGCAUGCUAAGAUAUCAGCGUAACGAACAUCUAUUUUCAUUUCGCUUUCACAAAAACUGGAUAAACUGUUGGCGUAUUUUCACUCAUUCUACAGAAAAAUAUAUUGCCCCUUUUAUGACUAUUUA